CCUCCUGAUCAGUUGGAGCGAAGCAGGGAAUUCGCCUGGGUUUGGUGUGUGAAACGCACCUGGCGCAACCCUCUCAUCUCUGAACUAGAGUCCAAGUCCCGCGGAGGCUACAGCCAUGAAGGAAAGACGGGCCCCCCAGCCAGUCGUGGCCAGAUGUAAACUCGUUCUGGUGGGGGACGUGCAAUGCGGGAAGACAGCGAUGUUACAGGUGUUAGCGAAGGACUGCUAUCCCGAGACCUAUGUGCCCACCGUGUUUGAGAAUUACACAGCCUGCUUGGAGACAGAGGAACAGAGAGUGGAGCUUAGUCUCUGGGAUACCUCAGGGUCUCCCUACUACGACAACGUCCGCCCGCUCUGCUACAGUGACUCCGACGCAGUGUUACUCUGCUUCGACAUCAGUCGUCCAGAGACAGUGGACAGUGCACUCAAGAAGUGGAGGACGGAAAUCCUAGAUUAUUGUCCCAGUACCCGUGUUUUGCUUAUCGGCUGCAAGACAGACCUGCGAACAGACCUGAGCACCCUGAUGGAGCUGUCCCACCAGAAGCAGGCACCCAUCUCAUACGAGCAGGGCUGUGCAAUAGCCAAGCAGCUGGGUGCAGAAAUCUACCUGGAAGGUUCAGCUUUCACCUCAGAGAAGAGCAUCCACAGCAUCUUCCGGACGGCAUCCACAGUGUGUCUGAACAAGCCCAGCCCUGUACCCCCGAAGAGCCCUGUCCGAAGCCUCUCCAAGCGACUGCUCCACCUGCCCAGUCGUUCUGAACUCAUCUCUUCUACCUUCAAGAAGGAAAAGGCCAAAAGCUGUUCCAUUAUGUGAAGUGGGGGUUGGAGAGGGGAGAUGACCUCCCACUUCCUCCCUUGGGUUGCAGAGGCCCGGGGAGAGGGAGGAUGAGAUAAUUUAGGACACUGGACAAUGAGUUUUUCAGACGGCCAUGGUGGGGGCUUGGAAGGAGACAAGAAUGGGACGAGGAAAGAGCCAGGCCCGGCUUGAGGACCUGACACUGAGAAA